AUCAGUAUUUUCCUGAAUUGUACGGAUAAACUAGUGCAAUACAUCCCACUACUACUCCACUAAGAACAAGAUCGAGCACACAGCUAGCUAGUUUAUUUAACUACUUAAUGGAAGGAGCUCAUCUCAGAGGGGUUUCGAGUUACGAUCUUCAUCAGCAGGUUUCGUUUUCCAGCAGUAUCUCUCCCGCAGAUCAAGGGAUCCACCACGAAAUGGGGUUUGUGCAGUUUGAAGAUCAUCAUCAUCAUCAUAAUCAAGUUUUGAGCUUCUUGGCACCCUCUCCCGCACAGCAGUCACAUCCACCACCUCCACCGCCGCCGCCGCAGCAGCAGUCUUCUUCUUCUCAUCAUCAUCAGACAACUGCAGUGAACAGUUGUGGCAUCACUGUCACCACCACCGCUGCCACAAACACCAACACGGGGUUCAGUCACAGUCAUGAUCUUGUUACAAAACCUUCUUGGAAUAACAACGACCAGGCAGCAACGCUAGAUCCGAAGGGUGUCAGUGAUGAAACCGGAACCGGUAAUGGUAGCGAUUGCAGCAAUUCAUGGUGGAGGAGCUCAAACUCGGAGAAAAACAAGAUGAAGGUAAGGAGAAAGCUCAGAGAGCCAAGGUUCUGUUUUCAAACCAGAAGUGAAGUGGAUGUCCUUGAUGAUGGUUACAAGUGGAGGAAAUAUGGCCAGAAAGUUGUCAAGAACAGCCUUCAUCCUAGAAGUUACUACCGGUGCACUCACAGUAACUGUCGGGUGAAGAAGAGGGUUGAACGACUGUCUGAAGAUUGUCGUAUGGUGAUAACAACCUAUGAAGGUAGACACAACCAUAUCCCUUCAGAUGACUCUAAUUCAUCUGAGCAUGAAUGCUUUACCUCUUUCUAGCUCUUCUAUAUAUGUUUUUGUUGAUCUUUAGUUAUUUAUAUAGCUACAUGCAGAUGAUGUGUUUCAUUAUAAUUUUUUCUUAGCUUGUUCUAUACAUAAUUAUUUAUAUAUACAAUACUAUAGUGCUAAUUGUGUCACAUUUGAUCAUUUAUAUCAAGUACAAGCACGGACAUUUGAUUU